AAAGAAGGAAGAUUCCAUAUCAUGUAUCAGUAGCUUUAAAAAGUCAAAGUCUGAAUUAUCGUCUGGGCGUUUACCAUCUCCAAUCAAGGAUUCUUUCUUUAUAACGAAAUCUGUACUUUGGGGAUAAUUUCAAUGUCUUGAUCUCUUGACUAGUCUUACCAGACACAUAAACAUACAAGGGAAAUCAUCAUCUUGAGCUGUUUUUUUAGUUGAAUUUUCUUUUGCGUAACUAGAUUAAAUUCAGGAAGAUUUUAACAUCUUCCUCGUUUCCCUCGUCCUCAAUCUUAUAUAUAGACAUGCAAAUGUAUAUAGGUUUUGAAAAGAACAAGAAUUAAUACAUUGGAAAUACUAGUUUCUUAGGAAUUUUUUUUGUUCCCUUCUUUGUGGUUGAUCGAAAAUGUAUGUUGUGAGGCCUCUCUCUGAAUAUAACAAGAAUCCUGAUGCUCUUUCACAGCCCCCUGAUGGUCCAAAUUCAGGAUACAUGGUAAUCCUAGAUAAGGAAGCAGAAACUUAUUCUUUCUUUGGACUGUUCAAGAAUCAUUCCCUCAAAGGCUUCCCUUUCCCUCAGAACAAGGAGUUAACUAUUUGUUAUACACAGAGUAAUGGCCAAAACUCAUCAUCUACUUCUUAUGAUGACACUAUCCUCAUCCCAGUUCUGAAUCUUCCCUUGUCUUCCAACCGGUAUUAUGCAAUCAAGCCACUUGGAAAACACAAAGGAGAAGCAUUCACUUGCUCAAGGGAAGAAGACAUGGUGACCUGCUGUUUCUGCACCUCUAUUCAAGACACCAAGCCGAAGCCAUUCGACCCGAAAAAUGUUUAUCAGCAGUUUGAGAUUAAUGUAAAAGAGUACUUCCUAGCUGGCAAGGGAUACUUCUAUGCCAAAUCUGUUGCACCUGAUGGUUUUCCUCCCUACUUCUUGCGGCGAAAAGGUUGGAGGAUUCGGGCCGAAACACCCAAAAAAUACAAACUUGAUGAAGUUGCUCCUGGUCUUAAUGCCUCAUUGCGUGCUCGCAGGCCAGACAUCGAUUUCUUGCCAUCAUACAGAACUUCUGAGGCUGUUGUUGUGGGGAAAUGGUAUAGUCCUUUCAUGUUUGUCAAGGAAAGCACACUUACAUUAAGGGAUCAAGUGGAAAGAUCACCUUUUUAUCAGGUGACAUUAGAGCAAAGGUGGGAGCAGAUCUUUUCGAGCCGAAAUCACUACCAUGAAGGCAAAUCUGUGAAUGUUGAUGUCAAUCUUGAUCGAGAAACAGUCUAUGUUGCUGGAAACAAAGUCGAUUGGGAUGACAGAAACGCGGUAGAGGGUGUAAUAUGGUUCAGGAGUUAUGGCAAAGCUGCAGGUGAAGAAACAACUAUGGGGCUGAGUGUAGAAUUAGUCCAGAGAAUGAAAUGGGAGGCGGAAAGAGGCGGAUGGAAAGACGGGAAAGGAAGGCAAGUGAAGGUGGAAAGAACCGAGAAAUUCGAAGGAAAGGGCGAUUGGAAUGAGUUCGGAUGCUAUGUGUUGGUUGAAAGCUUUAUCAUCAGGAGAUUGGAUGGAACUGUGGUUCUGAAUUGGGAUUUUAGGCACACUCAACACAUUAAAAGCUUAUGGAACUAAGUGUACUUGAAGAUCAUAGGCGAUUCCAGGAGCUAGGAUUUUCAACUUGAAGCUCUGGUUUUCGGUAUUAUGAUAGAGGACUAACAACUAUAAACUCUGGAAAUGGAUUUCCAGGCAUUAUUCUGAUGUCAGGAAUUCAACCAAGAACAAUGAAAUUCAUGCGGUGAAGCCUUGAAGAUGAUGAUGAUGAUCAAAUCCAACAGAAGACUAAAGUAAAUAGACGCCAUUAUCUCUGUACUACGUUGUUGUAUCUAUGUACUGUUUCUCUUUGCUAAUUUAUUCAACUUGUUCUUUCUUUUCAUAUUGUACUACCUUAUAGUCUAAAAUCAGCAUAACUAGCAAUGGAUUUUGAUUUGUUCAACUUGGAUUCUUAAAAAAAAGGACUAACUGCUUCCAGA